CCCGGCCCGGAAGGAGCUGACGCGAGCUGGGACCUCGGCAGCCAUCGCUCUUUGCAGUUCGAACUAGGAGGGUGUAAAGCCGACGCCGAACGAGGAAUUGCGAUCUCUCUAGUAGCAGACUCUAUAAGAUUUGGAUAUGUCCUUCAUAUUUGACUGGAUUUACAGUGGUUUCAGCAGUGUGCUACAGUUUUUAGGAUUAUAUAAGAAAACUGGUAAAUUGGUAUUUCUUGGAUUGGAUAAUGCAGGAAAAACAACAUUGCUACACAUGCUAAAAGAUGACAGACUUGGACAACAUGUCCCAACGUUACAUCCCACUUCCGAAGAAUUAACCAUUGCUGGCAUGACCUUUACAACUUUUGAUCUGGGUGGACAUGUUCAAGCUCGAAGAGUGUGGAAAAACUACCUUCCUGCUAUCAAUGGCAUUGUAUUUCUGGUGGAUUGUGCAGACCAUGAAAGACUGUUAGAAUCAAAAGAAGAACUUGAUUCACUAAUGACAGAUGAAACCAUAGCUAAUGUGCCUAUACUGAUUCUUGGGAAUAAGAUCGACAGACCUGAAGCCAUCAGUGAAGAGAGGCUGCGAGAGAUGUUUGGUUUAUAUGGUCAGACAACAGGAAAGUCCCCUUUACCCAAUGGUACUCUCAGGGCGGGCGGCAAGCAGGAUGUUGUGCAUAGUUUCACUGUGGAGGCCUGCACGUGUGAGGGGAAAGAACGCCUCUUCCGCUUCCGGUGUCAGAGAUGA